UGUACUAGCUUUACGCAAAAACGAGAAGAGUGUCGUUUUAAGUAAAUUUUACACGCUCCUAUUCACGUAGGAUAAGCGCAUACAUCCUUUUAAAUAACCCAUCUGUAUCCCGGUGAUUUUAAUUUGAAAAAAUUGUCUCAAUUCCCGUCUAAAUUCAUUCAUUAGAUUACAUUCUGUGAAGCUCGGUUGACGUUGACAAGGAACCAGCUGGUUCCGCAGCCUUCUCCCGGCCCGAAUAUGAGCGAGCCUACCGCUACUGCUACAGAGCCCUCUAGCGAUGUGACGCCCAUUGUCACUACUGGUGUUGCCGCUGAAGUAGAGGCCCCCAAGGACGAGGUCAAGCUGGCGGCGACCGCAGGGAAGAAACAAGCCAAGAAGAAGGUGGAGGAGGUGGUAGAGGAAGAGGAGGAGGAAUAUGUGGUGGAAAAGGUGCUGGACCGACGGGUAGUGAAGGGACGUGUGGAGUUCUUGCUUAAAUGGAAAGGCUUCUCGGAUGAGGACAACACAUGGGAACCGCAAGACAAUCUGGACUGCCCUGACCUGAUUGCUGAGUACAUGCAGAAUCAUCACAACAAGAAAGAAAGUGACAAGAAAGAGUCGGCUGGCAAGAGGAAAGCGGGGGAAUCGGACACUGACGUGGUGGGCGAGGAGAGCAAGCCCAAAAAGAGGAAAGAGGAGGCGGAAAAGCCAAGAGGCUUUGCUCGUGGAUUGGACCCUGAACGCAUCAUUGGGGCUACGGACUCCAGUGGAGAGCUAAUGUUCCUGAUGAAAUGGAAAAACAGCGACGAGGCAGAUUUGGUGCCGGCCAAGGAAGCCAAUGUUAAGUGUCCACAGGUUGUCAUCUCCUUCUACGAGGAGCGUCUGACGUGGCACUCUUACCCCACCGAGGAGGAGGAAAAGAAGGAUGACAAGAACUAGCCACAGGUCCAGGAUGAGGAGGGGGGUGGGGUUUGAAGGGUGGGGUUUAGGGUGGAGGGGUGGGACAGAAGCUCAAUUGUUUCUAAACCUUAUUUCUUUCUUUCUGCAAACCCGGACUGUUGAAACUAAAACAGAGGUUGACAGAGGGUAGGGAUGAUGGGAAGACUUGUCAAGGAGGUGGUUUGGCCUACAUGGGUUGGUUUGCGGGGUGCUGGGGGGUUCGGCAAAUUAACCAAGAAAGUCUCUAUCACUAUUAGAUUUCACUUGAAGGUUUUAUCUGCUUCGAAAGUGGCAAUAUUCUUUUCAGAACACUUGCUUGAAAAUCACCAGCUCCUUUUUCGGUUUUGUCUUUUCAAAGGCUCUUGGUCAUGAUGAUUCUCAUUAGUGAGGUUUUACUACUGCAGCGGAGUUUACAAUGAUGGAACGGUCAGAGUUCAAAACCGUGAUGCAACGAAAGUUCUAAUAAUUCAAUUGAAAUUACUAACAUUGACCUCCAGUUUCUUCAUGUUAAAUGUUUCAACUGAUUCAUAAUCAGAAUAUUCUGUUUGUACCUACACUUCUGUCAUCGAGCAACUAGCAGUGCAAAGCAGCGCUUUCUGUUUCUUUUUUUCAAAUUGUUUUUUAAAGAAACUUAAGUGCUGCCACCUGCCUUCUCUUGCAAUAUCAUUAUCAUAUAAUGUGAACAUAGUUUUGUUUUUAUUUGGUCCGUGACUGAGGGGGAAGAAGGAUUAUGUUGGCGUGUUUGGGAUGUUCACACUACAGUCAGGACUGGUUUGUAAGAGGCAUAGGUGAUGUAGAGAGGUCAAAAUGGUUCUGGAGCUUCUGGCUUGGUCGUGCCGCAUCAGUGUAACCUAAGUCUUAUACCCUGAGCUAACAAGACUUGAUGGGUGUGAUCUACAUUCCUGUCAGGCUGAAACAUAUCAGAAAACAGGUGAUCUAUAAGAAGGUUGAUGAUGGGAAUGGUCUUCUAACUCUUCUUCAGCAGGAAGCUUCAAGCUUAAUUCCCCAUAAACCCCACACGUUCUGUCCCUCUUGUCAUCUCUUCCCAUGUACAUUUUUACCUUACCCCUGUUUUAAAUAUCUGAUAGACCCCCGGCAUAGUGUAUAUUAUGACUCAAAGUAAAUACAAAGUUUUUAUGAUGGUUUUUGGUAUAAAGUAAUUGUAUCCAAGGUGUCAGCAGGCAUGUGAAUUUGUAUCCAUCCUUGUGUUUUAUUUCUCACAACUGAAAACAAUAAAUUUAUUAUGUUUUCUGCCCAGGCACUUGUAAGAAUGAUAAUUUCUCCAGUGAUGCUAAUUCUGCCUUUAGACUUAAUCCCUAUGAGCUCUGACUUUGACAUUGCCAUGUUUUGGACCUGUUGUUUUAAAAUGAGCUACUAAUUAAAGAUCUCUGACCCUUACUGGGGUCGACUGUGUUAAGUUUGGUUUGUCGUUUUGCUUUUUCUGGCUAAAUUGAAGGAUGAUUCACUCUUCUUUUGGAAUAGCCAUCUUGAUAAAAUGAUGGUUGUUAAUUCAACUUCAUCGUAGCGAAAAACUUGAAUUAACAUUGGUUUAACUGAUAAAAUGUGGCUAAAGUAAAACUGUUGAGGUACAGAAGACCGCUUGUAGAACAUGUUGCCCUAGAAUCUAUUUUUGCAUUGGCCUUUACUGCUCAUUUUUACAUGACAAGUCUAACUUGUACAUCCUUUGUAGUUGAGGACCAGAAGAGGUGUGUGUGUGUACACAUGUUACAUGUUAUAUAUGUAUACACGUUAUGUUGGCUCAUUUGUACCCCUUUAGGUGUUUUGACUCUGUCUACUGGAGAAGCAUUAGGAUUCUUGCAUGUUUUCUGCUUUUCAGUCAAUGUUACCAUUUGUGGUUGCUUUUACUUGUUUGGGGGGGAAAUACAUUUCUUUUUUUACCGA